UCAGCAAGCACAUUUGCACCUAAAUGGUCGAGAGUUCAUACUUUCAGUAGUGUUGGAUCUUUUGGUAUUUGUGAAAGAAUAACUGGAAAUGGCGAGGUCCUAACUCUUAUAGGCUUUAUGUGUGUUAUGGCUUCUGAGAAAUGGAAAGUGUGA